AUGGCACUCCCCGCUCAACCAUCUUGCCGCGAUGAGUUCGAGAUCGCCAUCAUCUGCGCCCUGCGCAUCGAACGAGACGCCGUUGAAGCGCUGCUAGAUGAAGAGUAUGAAACAGACAGCUUCUCGUACGGAAAGUCAGCUGCGGAUAAGAAUGCCUAUACAACAGGGCGGAUAGGAGACCAAAAUGUAGUUCUGGCAUAUAUGCCAAGUAUGGGCAUGAUUACCGCCACCGCCGUGGCAGCCAACAUGGGAGCUAGUUUUCAGGGAAUCAAAUGCGCACUGGUGGUAGGCGUCUGUGGCGGCAUUCCUAUCACGGCCGACGGCACCGAAAUCCUGCUGGGGGACGUGAUCAUCAGUACGUCGGUGAUCCAGACCGAUUUUGGUCGACAGUUGCCUGAUAGGCUAGUGCGCAAGAAAGAGGAGGAAGACACUUUAGGCCGGGCCAACCCGGAAAUUCGAGCUUUUGCAGGGAGACUAUCAGGCUAUCUAGUACGGACUCGACUCGAGGAGAAGACGGCUGCCUAUUCUGCUCAGGUUUGUGCAAAACCAGGAUUUUCUCAGUCAGUCUAUCCAGGACCAGAACACGACAAGUUAUAUCCAGCUGACCACCGACAUAAGCAUCGCCAGAAGACGGGCGUUCAAGCAAACAAGAUCCAUGAACCAUGUAUUUGUGAUAAUUGCCAGAGCCAGGACGACGAAGCUUGUCAACUAGCACUGCAAAGCUCGUGUGAGGACCUCGGGUGCGCCGACAGUCUGUCUGUGGAGCGCACACGGAUACAAAAAGCGAUGGGGGUGGGUACUGAUGGACGGGUUCUAAAUGACGCUGAAGUCCACGAAGCCCAAGCACCUGCGAUUCAUUUUGGCCGAAUGGCUUGUAGCAACCAAGUGAUGAAGAGUGGGAGGCAUCGUGACCAGAUUGCUCAGGAAGAGAAAGUGAUUGGAUUCGAGAUGGAAAGUGCCGGUACGGGGCAUGUUGUGCCGACGAUCGUGAUCAAAAGCGUGUGUGAUUAUGCGGACUCUCAUAAAAAUAAGCGGUGGCAAGAUUAUGCGGCUGUGACGGCGGCGGCGUGUACGAAGGCGGUUUUGGAGGAGUGGAGGAACGUUGAUCGGCCCCAGACCCAUCGCCUGGAGCGAGGAGAUCAAGGUUAG